AAUCGUUUGACUUGUUAUUUAUUGAGAUGAUAAUAUGUAUAUUGAUUAUUAGUUUUGACAUUAGCUACAAAGCACCUGAAAUCAAUAAAAAUUGGGUGGCGAAACUUUAGUAUUUUUGAAGAAUGGUGCGAGUAAUAUCAGUUCAUCAUUUUGCAAAUCAGGACAUCCAUAAAUGUGAGGAACCAUUGGCAGUAACUACUGCUCCACCUGAUCGUUUGCUGUUGGCUCAGGCCCAGCAUGCUGUUGAAGUUCGUGGCUUAGCCGAGGGUGGAGAUGUUCUGUUCACUUUUCCUACUGUAGAUGAAGUACGUCAGAUGGUGUAUUGCUGUAAUGGUGACUACAUUGCAGCCCUUGAACGCAAGCAAAACCGCCAAGGUACAAUCUCCAACUAUGUACGAAUUUACUGUAAAUGGGACGUAGUUAAUAACCCCCCAGACAGCACAUUUCUACAGCAGCCAAUGCGUGCAAGAAUUGCUGGUCAGGUAACACCAAGCAGUGCACAGAUAAGUUCAGGAGGAUUGGAAAUGAUCGAACUGCCUUUGAAAAGAGACCCAAAUGCAGUUGCUUGUUGCCAGGUAACUGGAAAUUUGAUUGUAGUCCUUGACAGAACUUUGGUGCUUUAUUAUUUUAAAGUGAGGGCACAUGAUAUAUCAAGACAGAAAUUUAUAGAUUUUGAAGAAUCUCCAGUAAGUUUGGAAAUGUGUUUCACACCAAUGAAAGUUGAAAUGUGUGAGGAUAUUGUAGCUUGCAUGUCCAAACAGUAUCUGCAUGUGUUCAAAGUGGGACAGUUGGAAAAAGAAAAAAACGUGCAGAAUACUUCCAUUAAAAAUGAGAAGGACAAUGGGACCAAGAAAGAAACAGAUUCUGAAAUUAACUGGGAUUCUCUGCUGGAAGCAGAAUUCAAUAAAAAUUUAGCAAAAGGCAGAGAUGCUUUUGAAGACAACUGGGUUGAGAAGCUCCACAAUAAUUCAUUUCCUCUUACUAUCCACCUGCCAGGAAUAACAACUCAGCAGGGUCAUUGUUCAACAAAUACUUCAACAAAUGAUGGCACACCAUACAGAAACAUGCCAUUUAAAGUAGCUCCUUUGGAAAUGACAAUUAAUGUGAAGUGUUCAUCACCAUCUGAGGGCCCUUCUGAGGAAACUAGUGUUACAAAUCUGCUACAACUUCAGCUGUAUUCACCAGAAGCUGGAGAUUCAAAUAUGGGUGUACUUGUUGGUCCUGAAGAAUUUCGUUGUUUAGUGGUGAAGCCAAUGUACCUCAGACAAGCUAAACCCCUCCAAAACCAAAAAUCAAACAAGAAAAUAUCAACAAACCACCCAAUGCGGUCACCUUAUUACAAAAAUCUUGGAAGUGUGGUUUGUUUUGUUGCUACACAACAAGAAGGUUUUCUUUAUCAUUUCCCAAUGAUAGCAUCAAGAGAACCCUUGAAGUUACAACAGGCAGCUUGUGUCUCUGUGUAUCCAUUUACAGCACCUGUGUUGCACAUAGCUUUGGAGAGCUAUUUGCUUCAUGCCCUUACAGAAAUGGGACUGGAAACUUACACAUUGAAAUCUUCUCAUCAGUUAAUAAGGGAAAAUGAGUCACUGGACAGUGCUAUAUAUAGAAAAUCUGAUGACCCCGUGUGCUUGGUUGGCUUGCGACCUUUCCUUGGUGUGGAACAUUUAUUGCUUUCCGAUUCAUAUUUAUCACUGUUGGCUUGUUCAGAAGGAUCCAGCAUUAGUAGCCAAGAUUCUCAUAGCACAAACUGGACUUUAUAUUCACUUAAAGUUCCUAGUGCACUAACACUCUAUAAUGAUAUUAUGACUGUUGCAUCACAACACCGUUGGUCAAGUCCUGCAACAUAUUGUCAUCUGUUGACAGAAGCUCACACAAUUUUGCAGAUAGCUGCCCAUACUGUGUCAUGGCUCUCAAAGCAGCACCAUUCAGUUGGCAUAAUUACACCAAAUAUGAAGAAUGAUGAAGCAACCCAACUUGAAGAUACACUAAGAGAAUCAUGUGCUCUGCUCGGAGAUUAUUAUAUAAAUUGUGAUUGUGAAGAAGACUGGACACUUGCAGCUCACUAUUACAAAAUGACUGGCUUCAGCCCCAUAAACAUUAUAGAAAGGGUGAAAAACCUUGAAAUUCCAAAGGAGACUGAUAUAGAGUGGAAAAAGGAGAACCAGCUGAAAGCAUUGAUGAAAUAUUUGAAGACCAGUUUAUUAUUCAUGCAUCAUAAUUCAGACAGCUCAUUUAAUCCAUCCAUCCAAGAUUUUACAAAUACUUUACUGGAUCUGUUUGAGAAGUACAGUCCAUCUGAAGUUUCUACACUUGUCCUUCAUUCUGCUCUGUUGAGAGAGUAUGCUACUGACAGGGUUCUGAAUGUAAUGAAAAAACAGCUAUCUGUCAGACCAGUGCCCAAGUCAAGUGACGCAUUAGCCUUAGUUUUGUUAUGCAUCCAGAAGGGAUCACCAGAACAAGCAAAUGCUGUCUUAAGCUCUUUUGAACCAAACCAACUUUCAGCUAUACUUUUUGAAAAUAGUGUGCUUCUGUUUGAGACAACUACACCAGUGAAGUCUACGAGCAAGCACGAUUCUGUGUACAGUAGCAGAAGGAAUGACCAGUUAACAACAUUUUCAGAGUUGUCUGUUGUUCUGAUGGAUUCAAAACCUAGAGUACUUGCAGGAGUGUUAUCAGAGUUGGUUGCAUCACAGAAAAUGUCGCUGCAGGAGGUUUUGCAAGUUUUUUUGGAGUAUCUCCCAUCUAGAAUUGGUAUUUCUGGAUCAUCAGCAAGUCUUGUUUUACAAGUUUUCCUGGAAAACUACUUUGGGCAUUAUUUUGAAUUGUAUCCAGAUUGUGACUUCAAAUCUGUGUAUGACCUUCCUGUUAUUGAAGCACUGAAAAUACUGGUGAGGUCUUACCUGAGUGACCUCCAGUGCUAUAAUCUUGCUAGUAAAAAGAAUACCAGUGACAAAAGUUGCACACCUGAAACUGCAGAAGUUAAAGAGAGUGCAGAUAAAUCACCAGUUCUCUUUGAAAGUUGUCGCUUUGUGUUCCUUCAAAAAAUGCCUCCAUUUGCUCCUAAUUUGUCUGAAAAGCUUCUAGCGCAUCAGAGAGGUGAAAACACGGAUCCAAAAAUUCAACCAUCAGAUGAAGAUAAAGGCCACAAAAAUGAAAGUCUUGUUAAACUUCAGUGCCUUCUUUGCUCUGGGAAACUUCCAAAGGAGUGUGUUGUAGAAGUUUACCAAUUUGUUCAAACACACCCACAACUUCAUGGAAACCUCAGCCUCCAGGUCCUGUGUGUCUCAACAAAGGAAGCAACGAAUGUUUUGCUGAAUUUCUGUCCUCAAACACUGCUGCAGUUUGCCAAAGACAGAUAUACUGUUGACAGUGAGUACAAACAUUUGUUGUCAUUGUUACACAAGAAAAUCAGUGCAUUGUCUGAUGAGUUACUGAAGCCAUACUACAUGCGAGUAAUGAAUGAAAUUUUAACGUACUUGGCCCAGACAUAUCCAUUGGAAUCUCUAUGCCAAAUGUUACCUGCUGGAACAGAGUCUCAGUAUGCUAGUUUUAUCCACAUGGGCCAACAAGUAACACAUGCCAAUCACAUCAGAUCACUUAUAAUGAUUACUGGCCGACAGCUGUUAGGAACUCUGAAGUUAUGAACUUUUAUGUACCUUCCAGCGUUUUCUUUCCCACUAUUGUAUUUAUUAUUUAAGUUUGCAAUAUGAUAUUUACAUUUCAGGUAUUUAACUGAAAAUACCGUCUAGUGGCAGGUCUAGUGCAUUAUAAGGCUGUGAAAUUAUGCCUGUAUUAGUUGUAAAACAGUGUAUGAAUAAGUUUAUAAACAGUUUACAAUCAUUAUAGCAAUUGUGGCAUCAUAUUGGACUGCCACAUCUAUAAAACAUAAUAUAUAAGCCAAGGGCCUUCCACCAUUGUGUUCCUUUUUUAUUCUAUUGACUGCAAGAUUUUGCACCACUAUUAGUAUUUUAAAAGCAACAUAUCACUUUUUGGUAUUUCUUAAAAAUUUUACAGUACUCAAAAGUUAUUACAUGUAUGGUAAAUGAACUGUAACUGGUAGAAUUAUAUUUUAUAAAGAAGCCCACUGUGAGCUCAGACAUAGCAGGAGCUAUUCUUGAUCACUUGAUAACAUAAAGCCAUUUUCAAAUCCUAAGAGCUUUUUAAGCAGUAUGUAGAGUGCAGCAGUCACAGAAAAUGCCUUUGUGGACAUGAGCUACAGUUUGCUAUUAUUAUUAUUGUUAAGUUUCUUGCCUUAGAAAAAAAUGGAGGAUGCCUGUGAAAUAAUUUACAGAUGUCUAAAACAAAGUAGUGAGUGAUACUUUUUCUGUUGUUAAAUUAGGUGAUGAGAAAUGUGGUAGUUAGUGUUAUAAAUAUGCACGAUGAUUACUGAGCAUCAUGUGCUCUGAUGGGUGGUGAAAGUGAAUAUAAAACAUACUGAAUUCAGCGUCAUAUUAUACCAUCCACAUCCGAACUAGACAGCAAAAGACUUCUGUAGAAAAUAGUUGCACAAUGCACAAUUGCUGUCAGUGAAUAACUUCUGAGCCAUAAAAAACAGUAAUAAAUUGGACAAUACUGGAAAGUAGCUUGUUUCUCUCUCUCUCUCUCUCUCUCUCUCUCUCUCUCUCUCUCUCUCUCUCUCUCUCUCUCUCUCUCUCUCUCUCUCUCUCUCUCUGACAUAAUACAGUUGUGCUGCCACUUUGGUCAGGGCAGAUGGUAAGUACAAUUAUGCACUUGUGUUUCUAAGUAAUUAAUGUUCUUUGCAGUAGAAAUAUAUCAGUGUGGAAUUCAUUGAAAUAUAGAGUGGGAAAAACAGAAGUGAAAAAUAGGACAGUGUGUUUUAAUUUACGGUAUUGGUAAAUAGCCUGAUAACAAUUGUACAGUAUACUAAGGAUAAAUCUCAAAAAAUUUAAGGAAAGCUUUUAUGAAGAUGAAAGCCUUCAUUUUAAUGCCAAGAGAGGGAGAGAGGAGAUUAAACUCAUCAUUUCGUUUAACAAAUGUCAGGGCUUUAGGAAUGUUUGUUAAUGCAAAUUUGUAACAUUUGUGACUCUUUUAUAGAAGCAAAAUGCAUUAAAAUCAUCAAAAUUGCAGUUAAAUAUCGAAAUCAUACAAAGCUUUGCUUCUUUAGCAGUGGAAGGAAGUCCCACAAUCAAAAGAUAAUAUGACAUUUUUCACCAACUGUGAAAGUUGAUCAUCAUCUAGUAGCACAAAAAUGCAGAAAGAAAGAAAAAGGCAGACACUGUUACUAUUACUUGAGCAAAUGGGUCAUGGAAGUGUUUUGAGUGCAACUCAUUCACUACAGUAUGAGAAACAAUCCCAUUUAGAACAUGCAGGAAAAAACCAACAACGAAUACUGUCAUGCUGCACCAUAAAGCAUGUAUGCCAUGGCUCACAUACUAGGGAAGUGGACAUAUGUAAUUAUUAAAAUGAGAAACACCACCUAUCAAUCUUACAAAUAAUGUGACACUUGAAGCAUUAAGACAAAGGAUUAAAAAAUAAAGUUCUCCUCUCUCUCUCUCUCUCUCUCUCUCUCUCUCUCUCUUUCUCGAUAUUGAUUAUGUUAACACUUAUCUCAUAAAUUCCAGCAAUGAAACAUGAACACCAUAAUGUUUCCCUCAUUCCCAGUAAAUCAUACACUUGGGUUGUUUGGGCAUUGAAGUAUAUCUUGAGUGUUGAUUUUAGACCAAUGUGAGAGGUACAUAACUGUGUACCAUUUAAAGUAGCUUGGAAUCAGCACCCAAAAUAUGUUUCAGUGUAGUCAGACUGACAAGAUAGAUUUAAUGAUUUACUGGAAAUUGGUGAAACAUAAGGCUGCUGAAGUUUCAUCUACUCAAUCUAACUUACUGUUUCUGUUAAAAUGUUCUGAACAUUUAAAGACUACAGUGGGUAUAAUUUUUAAUAUGAUGCUACUUAAAUAUGCAGUACAUUUGUUUGCAUCUGAGGUUUCCCUUUUGAAUAACUUGUCACUUUAGUUGGCACCUAAAGUUGUGUGCCCUCAUAGUCACUUGUAUUAUUGGACUUUAAGAUGUUCCUAAAUCAUAGCUACUCAUUGAAAAAAAUAAAGUUAUCAUAAAAAAAAUUGGCCCUUUCUUCCUUUGUCGCGCAAUUUCAAUUCUUAUCUAUUUUUUUUUUCAGUUACGAGAAACUGUAAUCUGUGUUGGGAGGGACUGUUGAAACUAAACUUUCAUGGAAAAUUAAAAUUGUAAUCUGAAUUAGUAAAUUAAACCAGGUUGCUAACAUCCGCUUGCAAUAAGCCCAACUGAAUCAAUAAACUAAUGACAUUACCACUUACCAAAAAACCAUCAGUGCCAGAAGUCUUGCACACAAGUGAACUUAAAGGCUAAUUUUUAUAUCUGCUUCCAGUACAUGUGUCUCUUUGCACUGAAAUGCUUCAUGAAGAGUGCCAUAGCUGAUGUUCUGUUUUAUAAUAGUUGAUGGCUGGUUUCUCCAUGAUGUCUUCUUUUAUUAUUUUUUGCAUUUUCUUUCAUUGGAUGAUGUCGCUUCUCAAAGUGUUUUAAGCUGUUAUUAUUAACUGAAUUGGAAGAGCGAGAUAGUGGUGCUUAUUGUGGUUAAUUAUGUUUGGAAAACCCAAAGAAUAUUUAAGAUGAACUUUAAAGAAAUGGGGAAGCUGUUAAAAACAUAUUUUAGCUGAAAUGUACAGAAAAAGUUGUGUAUGAUGAGUCUUCUCCUUCCUGUUUUUGUUUAAGUAAGUGACAGCCUCUGCAGAGUACCUGUUUUGAAUGCUGCACUGUUUACACAAAUUAAUUGAAAGAUGGUCUUAAGAAUCUAUUGUGAAGAUUGGUACUGUUUCUCAGAAUUAGAAUUUAAAAUGAUGAGAAAAAAUGGAAUGAACUUGCCCAUUAUUUCUAGAACAAUAUUCCAUUGAAAUAUGCAUCUCAAAAACAAAAAUAAUUUUUAAUGUUGAAGGUUUUGAUGUUGGUGUAUUGUAUAUUCAUAAAAAUUAUGAGAAAAUUCAUACUUUUGCAGUUUGUGAGCUUCUCUCCACUGCUAAAUUUAAAGGAAAAAAAGCAUCUUCUGGAGAUGAGAUACACGUUGGUACAUUAACUGGAAUUAACUGAACAUACAGUGAUAAAAACAGAAAUCCUUAGCACAGAAAGCUUUUGUUUACAUUUUGUGCGGCCUCAUACUUUUUGUAGUUACGGGUAUAUCAGUAACAGUUCUAUAUAAAUGAAUCACGACUGGUAAGCAGUGAUCUUAAAUGCAGGUUGUAAUUACAGAGCAAAGUCUUCCUGCUGGCUGAGAAGAAAAUUAAGUUUUUGACAUCAUAACAGUGAAUUGCACCUCUUUAUAACCUGAGAGUAUUUUUGCUGUGAUGUGACUGCAUAGUAAACUUUCCUAAGUUUUAUGGAAAUGAUGUAUGAUGAAUGUCUGCCGUUUUCCAUGAUAUGCCAGUAGUUAGUUAAUGUAUUCAGUAACAGUUCUCUUUAACUGUUAAAAGCCUUUCAGUCUAGUGCCUUUACAAGAGUUUUAACUAUACUGUACAAAAUAUUUCUGUUCAUUGCACUUCAGAGUCUGGCUUUUAUUUAUGAUGUAAAGUCUGUAGUAAUAUACAUGUGUUUCAUUUGAGGUUGUUAAUUUAGUUGUUUACAAGGGCUAAAGUUUGAAAUAAGGAAACUAUGUCAAUAAUUUGGGUUCAGACCAUAAAUGAGAAAAGUUAUAAUUUUGUUAUAGUUUGUUUUUGUACACCAACUCUGCAGUAUGUAGAACUGUGUUAGUUUACUGUAAAUUAUAUCCCUGUACAUCUUGUACUGUGCAUAUCUCAUGUUAUAGUAUUUGGUUCAUUUGUGUACUAGUCUUCCACGUUAAAUAAAAUUAUUUAUUAAUA